AAAAAACGUAGUGCGGCUGUGUUUCAAGAUACGCUAUACAAAAUAAAAGUUCAUUGAAAAGGGAAAUUCUAAUAGGAAACUUACAUGUAUAAAGAGUUUUAAGAUUUUAAGGGAUUUUUUUCAUAUUACCGCCUCAUUUUCAGCAAGUUGUUUAAGUAUAUGCUACUAUACUAUUUGCUUUAUGCACAAUGAGAAAUUUUGGAAACUUUCGAACCUAUUCCUGCGACAAAACCUUAAACCACGAAAAGCAUGAUACAAGCAAAGCUAAACAAUGCUAAAUACCUACAAUAGGAAGAGCAUGUAACCAUGGACAUUGCGUCAGUCAUAAUUUUUCUUGGCUAUAUGGCCAGGGAAAUAAAAUCGAAUACAACCCAUGUUACCAGUGGACAUUUAAUCCUACCAUGCAUGGCUGCAAAAGUAACUGAGAACUGAAGAGUUCCUACAGGAUAUUAACGAAAUUUAUGUGGGUCACUGUACUCUGUGCUUGGCUCUCUAGGUAGCGGUGCCAUUGUCUAUCGCGGGGACUUGUCCUCGUAAUGCUCUUUACAAACUCAAACGAAAUUCAAACUUUUGUCAAAACAUGCCCAGAAGUCUUAGUCCAAAAUUCCCAGAGCAUGGUCGCCGUUGUGUCCAUCGGUUAGGCCACAAGAAUGCCAUACGCCCUAGUCAUGAGCUUUUGAUGACAGUAAUGAAGUGAUGUAUAUUGAAUUAAAUGCUAUCAAUAAAACAUACCAGGAAAACAAAACGAUCAACUCAAUGCCCCUAACAAUACUUAGCGUAUCAAACCCAUUCCCAGUUGAGAGUUUGGAAAUGGAGAAGAAAGUCACCAACUGGAACCGGAUAAUUUAGGGAGUCACGAAGAUUGAAAUUCUUAAAUUCUCCGAACAUCAAUCGGAUGGCUUAACGGAGUCGUCCCCGAAGGUUUUCGAUUUCAGUCCCAGCCUCCCAUGAACCGAUUUUUGAUUUAAAGUUCAAAAUGGCUGCAACAUAAAACUGUAGGGACACACUCAUCACAGAGAGAGAUAAGCAGAGUUUGGCCCGUGGAUAAGCAAUCGUAAUCACGGUUAUCACACCACAAGCGUAACAAAGUUGACCAUUUACAUCGCUCGUAAUGAACAAUUCCACCCACAUAACAAACCUAAAUGUUAAACCGACAAGUGAAGCUGAAUCUACUGACACUCAAUGGCUGGACAUUUUACAGUUCACACUGUUUGCGGUAAUAUUCACUUUGAGUGCCACAGGAAACACUUUAGUUUGCUUGGUAGUGGCUCGAACACGACGCAUGCGUACAACGCGUAAUUAUUUGCUUGUCAACCUUGCGGUGUCGGACCUGACAGUUGCCUUGUGGUGCAUACCAUUUGAUAUGGUGGUGAAAAUAGCUGCCCCUGAAUGGCCGCUUGGUGCUGCCAUGUGUAAGUUACUGUGGCCUUCUAUGACGCUUGUUACCAACUCUUCUGCAGCUACACUUGCAGUCAUUAGUUAUGACAGAUAUCGAGCAGUAGUACGACCUAUGAAAGCUCGCUUCACAACUCGUCAAACGGGCCUCAUCAUUGGGGCGAUUUGGAUCAUCUCUCUAUUGCUGGUACUACCUUACGUUUUUGCUUUGGGAAUUAUCGAGAACAAUUGCACUGAAAAGUGGUCAAGUGAAAGCACCAGGAAAAUUUACACUGUUGGAUUAUUUGUAUUUCAAUAUGCUUUACCUUUAACGAUUAUUGCGGCUGCCUAUAUCAAAGUCGUGCUCAGACUUCGACAACAGGCCGAGCGAAUGGCGAGGAACUACGAAUUUUCGUUAAGACCGCCCUCACCAACACCUCUUCGCCAUGACAGCUGGAACCUCAAGAGUAACCUUUCUCCUAAGACACGUAACACCUUAACCGUAUCGCCUCCAAAUCACGAAAAGAAAUUAUUUCUUAAUGCGGAUGCAGGCAAAAAGAAUCAUCUUGGGAGAAAUCUUCUUGCUGUGCAGAUGUGUGACAUUGCUUCCCCACUACCACCAAGGAAAUUACUUUCCAGGCGCGAUAAUGAGAAGAAGCAGUACCCGGAUAGAUUUGGCAGCGGCCGGAUAAAAGAGGCAAGACGACUAGAGCACAAUACAAAGGUCGUAAAGAUGCUUGUAUCAGUGGUUCUUUUGUACGCCAUUUGUCUGUUGCCAAACCAGAUUGCUUGGUUGUGGUACGAGUUUGGGUCGGGUCAGAGCUGGCCGCACAUUAAUGAGCUGCUUAUAUUUGGAAGUCUUAUGGUGUAUAUAAAUAGUUCUGUAAAUCCUUUACUUUAUGCUGGAAUGAAUGAGGAAUUCAGAAAAGGAUUCAUUGAUAUCAUAAAAUGCCAAUGGCGGAGACAACCUGAACUAGUUUAGCUUUGAUUUGGAACAAUGCUUGAGAAAGCUCAUUACUUCUAACUUAUGUAAUUUGUAAAGUGUCUAUUUUCAUGUAAUUUAGAGAAGGAUUUUAUAAACUGAGGUUAUGGAUUGAAAAUCAAAAAGAAUUAUAAUUAUUUAACCUCGCAAUGGUUGCAUCCACUGCUGAUAGAGUUUUUUAGUGCCUCAGAAUGGGAAAAAAGCCUAUAUGACUACGGAACGUGUCGACGGAGUAGCAAGAUAGUCGUCGACAACCGUUUAGAUGUAACUCAAUGUGUAUAAGAAACUGUAAAUAUAUAUUUUUUUUAAGGGAAAACUACGUUAGUUCUCGAUAACAGGCAGUUGAAGACAACUAGUCUUGUUCUUACCUAUUAGACAAUUCUCCACAGCUAAGCGAAUAUCAGCAUUUUUUGUGCCAACAUUUUCAAAAACGCUUCUAUAACUGUUACACGCGCAGUAAAUGCCGGUUAUCAAGUUUUGCAUCUAAAUUUAGUUCUGGAUGACUUUGGCCAAAAUAAGUAUUUAAUCUAUAUAUUAAAUACAAUUAUUAUCAAAAACUCAUUGGAUAAUGCAAUUUGAGAGUUUUCAUUGGCUUAGCCAUUAAGGGUUAUGAGCCACUAUACCACGCUUUACAAAUAUAGAAAGCGUACGCGUUUUGGGGGCUUUUCUAUUUUUAGUUUAGUUUAGUUUUCUAUCUUUUGGGGGCAUUUUUAAUUAAACCAUUUUCCCGCUCGCGUUUGUUGAGUAUGAGAUGAUUAUGGCCAACUCGGCGUUACGCGCCUCGUUGCCUAUCUACCAUCGUCUCAUAUCCAACGCGCUCUCCUAGAAUAAUUGCUAAAUUUCGAUUUUAUUUUUGGCCCACCUCGGAUAAAUCGGUACUCAUGCCCGCUUUCACCCACACACGCGUUAUGUAGCUAGGAAGUCCGAAUACGGAUAAACAUUGACAAGGGUAGCAAUUUUAUCCGAUCGAGCCGUACCAAAAAUUCCAUGUAGUGUAAAAUGGGAAAUAGUUGAUCAGCCCAACUCCUUCCGUCGUCGCUUUUUUCUAUUUUUUUUCUUAUUGGCAUAGUUGACUGCUUUUUUUACUUCUCUUUGAUAGUUCUGCUGCUUUUGUCCAGAGUUACUGGGGAAAGAAUGAAAAUUACGUUUUCCAUAAAGUUAAGCUGGUAUUCAAUCAACUCGUGAAGGAAUAAUGAUCGAGAUCACAGUGAAUUUUAACCAUCAUUCAAAUAACAAUUCUUGUGACAGGUAUAGUAAUCCCACAUAUUUGAUAGAUAAAAGCACGUUGGGCGCCGAAUAGAGUGAGUCACGCUCGAACUGGCCCCUUUCGUUGAUUCAUACACCUGAGCAAGGUAUUUCACCACUCUGUUUGGACUGAGGGACAGGAAAUGAUCUGGCUGAAUUUAACCGCUUAAACUUUUCAACAUUUUUAAAUAUUCUAAACUCUGCGAGACUUUAUUUGAGAUUUAUUUCUAAAACAAAAUUUUGGUAUGACCUUUCAUAGGUUCGGAACUUGUUGUUUCAAUAGCAACCGUUUUAUAGCAAAAUUGUUUUUCCAAAUUGGAAUUUCCAAGUUUUUAUCAACAAAAUGUAACUCCGUGCAGUUAUUUUUACAUUUUCAGAACAUUUUCGUAUUGUUUGAUUGACUUUCAUGAGUACUGCGUCAAUAAUAACCCUGCAAAUUACAAUGAGUCCCUUUUUAUAAUAGUUUUAUAUUUAUUAGACGUUAACAGCGCUUAGGCCAUGUCUAACGUUUUAAGGUUUGUGUAGUAUCAGGAGACGAAAGUUUUAGCUACAAACAUUUACAUCUGAAAAUAGGCAAAAAUCUUCGGCUAACCCUGUGAAAAGCUCUCGAUCGGUAAGCAAUCUCGAACUCUUUCGUAAAAUCUUAUUUAUGUUGCUCUAAUAGAAACCUUAAUAGUAAUAUAGUAAUCUGCUUUUUUGGUAGGAUACGGUCUAGGGUUUUAGUAAUAGCUCGUAUUCUGUGGAAAUUAACGAUAUAGCCAGUAUAACUCCGUUGUUAAUUAAUCUCUAAUUCUUAUAUAAAUAUUGUAGCUUAUUAAACUAGCUUGGAACACAGCUGAGACUGCUAUGUUUUGGAACCAAUGCACGCCCCAAUGGCAGUCCGCUUUCGAGCUUCAUGCAUCAAUCACUGACAUAUUUCAAUGACGUCUUUAUAUUAAAAGAAAGCUAAUUGCAAUAAAAAUUUGAAAGCCAGUAAUUUUUUUGCACGAUCGCGACUGGAAUGUGGUUUUAUGGUCACGUAUUCUGAAUUUAGCAUAAUUAACUAAAUAUGAGGCUGAAAAGGCUCUUGCAACUGUAAAAUAGUGACGGCGUUUAGUAGACGUUUCAAGCUUCGCCCACUCAGCCUCAUAUUUAGUUUAUCAUCACAGUAUCACGCAUCAUAUGAGUUUUUUGCUCACUUCUAUUAACCAAAAUGACCAAGGAUACUGGUGUGAAACCUUAUCUGGGCCGUCAUGAGUGACAUGACUAUUUACUCUUAGGGUGCAGUCCUUUGGGGUGAUUUGCAUCAGGAUCAGAAAUCAAAGAUCACUGAUCCUGAUCCUGAUCCAGAUCAC